GCUGGAGCAGAGGAGGAAUGAUUGUGAACAGCCUCUCACUGUGCUACCACAACAAACUCAUCUUAGCCCCUAUGGUUCGGGUAGGGACUCUCCCAAUGCGGCUGCUGGCCCUAGACUAUGGAGCGGACAUUGUGUACUGUGAGGAGCUGAUCGACCUCAAGAUGCUCCAGUGCAAGAGAGUUGUCAAUGAAGUGCUCAGCACAGUGGACUUUGUCGCUCCUGAUGACCGAGUAGUCUUCCGCACCUGCAAAAGAGAACAGAACAGGGUUGUCUUCCAGAUGGGGACUUCAGACGCAGAGCGAGCCCUUGCUGUGGCCAGACUUGUAGAAAAUGAUGUGGCUGGCAUUGACGUCAACAUGGGCUGUCCAAAAGAGUAUUCUACCAAGGGAGGAAUGGGAGCUGCUCUGCUAUCAGAUCCUGACAAGAUCGAGAAGAUCCUCAGCACUCUUGUUAAAGGGACAUGCAGACCUGUGACCUGCAAGAUUCGCAUCCUACCAUCGCUGGAAGAUACCCUGAGCCUUGUGAAGCGGAUAGAGAGGACUGGCAUUGCUGCCAUCGCAGUUCAUGGGAGGAAGCGGGAGGAGCGACCUCAACACCCUGUCAACUGUGAAACCAUCAAAGCCAUUGCUGAAACUCUCUCUAUUCCUGUCAUAGCCAAUGGAGGAUCUCACGACCACAUCCUAGAUUAUUUGGACAUCGAGGACUUUCGACAAGCUACAGCAGCCUCUUCAGUGAUGGUGGCACGAGCUGCCAUGUGGAACCCAUCCAUCUUCUGCAAGGAGGGUCUGCGGCCCCUGGAGGAGGUCAUGCAGAAGUACAUCCGAUACGCUGUGCAGUAUGAAAAUCACUACACCAACACCAAGUACUGCUUGUGCCAGAUGCUACGAGAACAGUUGGAGUCGCCCCAGGGAAAAUUGCUCCAUGCUGCCCAGUCUUCCAGGGAAAUUUGUGAGGCCUUUGGCCUUGGUGCCUUCUAUGAAGAGACCACACGAGAACUGGACUCCCGGCGGGCCGAGCUCUUAGCCAGGACUCCAGAGGAGGCAGGGGAGCCAGUUGAAGAUACCUCUAGUGUUAUUAAGAUGGCUGUCAAAUUUGACCGGAGAGCAUACUUACCCCAGAUCACCCCCAAGAUGUGCCUGCUAGAAUGGUGCCGAAGGGAGAAUUUGGCACAACCCGUAUAUGAAACGGUUCAGCGCCCCCUGGAUCGCCUCUUCUGCUCUGUUGUCACUGUUGCUGAGCAAAAGUACCAGUCCACCUUGUGGGACAAGUCCAAGAAACUGGCGGAGCAGGCUGCAGCCAUCGUCUGUCUGAGGAGCCAGGGCCUCCCUGAGGGUCGGCUGGGUGAGGAGAGCCCUUCCUUUCACAAACGAAAGAGGGAGGUACCUGACCAAGACUCUGGGGGCCCCAGAGCUCAGGAGCCAGCAAUACCUGGGGAGCUGUGCAAGAAGCCCUUUGUAACCGUGGGAAGUGGUAAAGAGAGCCCCCUGGAAGGCUGGUGACCACUGUCUCUACCCUGGUGAGCCUGGCUGUAAGAUGACCGUGGGUACAGAGCAUGAACCAGAUGCUAUUGGACAGUUUGCUGCCCCUGUCUGACAGGUGUUAAGAGAUUCUGGCCUGGGCCAUCAGCCUGCAGCAUGGGCCAAGGGGUGCCCAGAGUGCCCAUCUCUCUUGGUAGGUCUGAGUAGCAGGGCCAAGUUCCCAGUUAUCUCAGUAUUUUCUAUGAAAACGGGGGCUUUUUCAGGUGGCACCUCCCUAACCUGACAUUGGUACAGUGCAAUAAAGACCUUCUACCCUUACCUAUGGCUGGCUGCUUCAGCUUUGGGCACCUUCACACACGGA